AUGCUAAGUAAUGAAACCAUCUCAGGGUUGGGAUUUCUUCAUCUUUGGGGAAACCAGUUAACUGGAGAUAUACCAGAUUGCUGGAUGAAAUACUCAUCUUUACAAUACUUGAAUAUAGGCAAUAACAUGUUUUCUGGAACUAUCCCAAAUUCUGUCGGUUUUCUUACAGGAUUGACGUCUUUGAAUCUACACAACAACGAAAUUUCAGGCCAAAUACCUUUUUCAAUGCGUAAUUGCACGAGAUUGGUGAAGAUCGACCUCGCUAACAAUGACCUUGAUGGAAGCAUACCAACAUGGAUGGGAACAAGCCUACCCGAAUUGAUGAUUCUCAUUUUGCGCUCGAACAAUUUGAGUGGUGAGAUCUCUCCAGAUAUAUGCCACCUAAACCACCUUCAGAUCUUGGAUCUUUCGGACAACAGGUUUUCUGGAAUAAUACCUAGGUGCACCGACAACUUUACUGCAAUGGCCACGAAAAGAAGUUUGGCCGAAUAUGGCACUGGAGAACUAGACUUUAAUACAUACUUGGGUUUCUUUCAGGACAGUGCAACAGUCACCACAAAAAGAAAUGAGUUACGAUAUGACACCAUUGUUGCAUUGGUUACUAACAUUGACCUUUCCGAGAACAAUUUGUCGGGAGAUAUUCCAAAGGAGUUGACAAGUCUAACAGAAUUGAGAUCAGUCAACCUGUCUGGGAAUCACUUUACUGGAAUUAUUCCUAGUAAUAUUGGAGACAUGAAGCAACUAGAAUCUCUCGAUCUGUCGAGAAACUCUCUAUCCGGUGAAAUGCCAAAUAGCUUCAGAGGUAUGUCAACUUUGAAUUAUCUAAAUGUCUCUUACAAUAACUUAACAGGAAGAAUACCAGAAAGUACCCAACUCCGGGGAUUCAAUGCUUCGAGCUUUAUCGGUAACAACCUUUGUGGGCCUCCAUUGACAAGCAAUUGCAGCAGCUCUGAUGGACCAUUGAAGAAAGAUGAUAAUCACUAUAAAUCUUCUUCUUCUUCUUCAUCAAAGAUAGAGUGGUUAUAUGUGUUUGUGUCUUUAGGAUAUGCUGUCGGACUUUCAAUUUUUUGCACAACGUUGUUGUUGAAAAAAUCGUGGAGGGAAGCAUAUUAUGAGUUUAUGGAAAAUAUGUGGAACAGAGUUUCUGCGUAUUUCUAUAUAAAAUGGAGAAAGCUCACAAAACCCUCAGGUUGA